AUGCGACGUAAAUUGAAAGACUGUCAUAGGGAAGUCGAUGGGUUACGAGAAGCCAAUUCACGUCUUGAACGGCUGUUGGAGCAGUCGAAUCCAAGCCCGAGUUCCCCAGCAGUUAUCAACGUGAAUGGUGGUGGUCUGCAUGACGGUCUGGGAUUUGCUGAUCCUGCUGAAGCAGAGUACCUGAAGAAUGUUCUCUAUCGAUAUAUGUGUUCAAGGGAGAACCUAGGCAAAGAAGCUGUGGUAAGUGUAACUUAUUAG